UGGAGAGAAAAAGACGGUAACAAGCGGUGCUCGUUUUCAAAAUAAGAAUGGAUGGUAUUUAACUGACUAUUUUAGAAAUGCCUAUGGCGACAACCCGUUCAAAUGGAGGAGGAUCUACCAUAACUUGUCCAACAUGUGACCAUACGGUAAAUUGUCAGCCGGGAUCAAACAGAACCAUCUGCCCUAACUGUGGGAAUUUUUACAGUCGGGAUGAGGCUGGCAGGGCACCCCGCGCCCGCGGUCAGCGAAGAAGGGGUCAGGAAAAAAAGCCACUACCUGACCUUGAUAAGGAUAAGAAUAAACAACAAGGACCACUAAAUUCUAUAGCAAACUUUUUCCAAAAUUUGGGCCCAAGUCGAAGAGGUAAACAUCGAAGAGAUUUGUCACCGACAGAUAGUCAAGGUUCUUCUUCUAGCCUGUUAGAAAAUAAUUCUGGAAGCAAGACCGAGCUACCUCCAAUAGACAGUCAAGGUCACCUGACCACCACACCUUCUAGUCGUCCGGUGUCUUACCGGUCAGAUAAAAGUGGCAGCUCUUCUCUGCUCAGUCCGGGACGGUCACACCGCGCUCCGUCUGGAACCUCCACAAUUACACUGACCAGUAGUAUCCACAACACCAGCAAAAGUCGUCUCAGUCCUAAUCCAAUCCAGGGAAAGGUCGCCUACCCUGUCAGGACCAAGACAAUAGAACAGAUAAGAGAGGAUGUGAAGUACGCCAAAGAGACAGGAAACUGGAAAGUGGUGCAGGAAUUUUAUUCAACGACAUUUAAUUGUUUUUUGGAGAUUAAUGCUGUAUUCAAGCGAGACCCCAAUAAGGAAUACAAGACGCUAGAAGAAUCUGGCCUCAAGUUAGAAUUAGUCAACUUUGUCUAUGACCUGUUGCCAAACCUGCCCCAGGACAUCCAGAAAUGUGUUCUCAAGUCCAUCAUUAACAGCCUACUAAAGGACAAGAAGAUUGAAGACAGCCGCAUGCAUUGGCCUCACACGAAGGAUGAUCUGAGGGCUUACCUAAUUAUCUUACAGAAUCCCCAGUUUGAGAACAUGUCAACUUUUGUGAUAUUUGCCCACCUACUUCGACAGAUUGCUGCGCUCAACGAUCAUGAUCACCAUUUUUUGGUGCAUUGGAUGAGGAAAUUAAAAUUAGGGACGUUUACUCGAAUCUUACGACGCCUACACAGUUUCAUCAUACAGCGACUGUUCCCCACAAAACCCCAAGAUUUACCUCCCCUGGCAAAAUGUACCUGGUGGAUCCCAAGUGCUACAAAAGUCAUGGCAUUGCUGAAUGCUGCCAACAAUUUGUCUAGUCCCCUACUAGUGCCAAUCGCAGAUUUCUACAACAGUAGCCUCGAUUUCAUGGACCUCAUGGCCGAAUACUACACGUGGCAGAACCCUAGUCACUGUUCAGGGUUUUCGUUCUGUCAGUACCCGUUCAUCCUAAGUAUAUCGGCCAAGAGGUCUAUACUACAGAAAGAUUCCGAGCAACAGAUGAUUAUCAUGGCAAGGAGAAGCUUGGUUGCUAAGGUGCAAAGAAGACAGUUACCAGACGUUGGCAUGCUGUUUUUGAACCUCAACGUGAGAAGGUCCCACAUAGUGUCAGAUUCUCUAAAUGAGAUCGCAAGGAAACAGCACGACCUGAAAAAGAAGUUGAAGGUGACCUUCAUGGGUGAAGCUGGACUGGACAUGGGGGGUCUGACCAAGGAAUGGUUCCUCCUCCUCAUCCGACAGAUAUUUCAGUCGGAUUAUGGGAUGUUCACUUACGAUAAAAAGGCUGGGGCUCACUGGUUCAGCACAGCACCGUGUGAAAGCUACCAGGAGUUCAAUCUCAUGGGAGUGCUGAUGGGACUAGCAGUUUACAACAGUAUCAAUCUGGACAUACGAUUCCCACCCUGCUGCUACAAGAAGCUGCUCAGUCCCGCAGUUGUCCCGUACAACAAUCCCAAUGCUGUCGUAGGGAUCACACAAAUGACCUUGGAGGAUUUCAAACUUGUUCAACCGGUGUUGGCUGUGAGUCUGGAGGAGCUGUUGAAUUACGAGGGAGACGUUGAGGAGGACUUUUGUAUGACAUUUCAGAUAUCUCUGACAGAGUAUGGAGAUGUACGGACAGUUGAUCUCAAAACUGGUGGUGCUAAUAUCCCCGUAAACAAGAGCAACAGAGCAGAAUAUAUACAGCUGUAUAUGGACUGGAUUGUCAACAAGGGUAUAUAUCCUCAGUUCAAGGCCUUCUACCAUGGUUUCCAUAGUGUGUGUGCUUCAAACGCACUCAUUAUGUUGCGGCCACAGGAAGUGGAGAUGUUAGUGUGUGGCAACCCUCAGGUAGACAUGAACCAGCUAAGAAAAGUGGCUUCAUACGACGGCUACAACGCACAGGACUCGACCGUCAGGUAUUUCUGGGAUACAGUCUUAUCGAUGACGUUUGAUAUGCAGAAGAAACUACUUUUGUUCACGACUGGGAGUGACAGAAUUCCUAUAGGAGGCAUGGCCGAAAUGACCUUCAAAAUUUCACGUAUUGAAGGAACUGAUUUACUGCCAAUGUCUCACACGUGUUUCAAUCAGCUUGUUCUGCCAGCUUACCGAAGUCGCAAAGUUCUCAAGACCAAGCUUGUAACAGCCAUUGCCAAUGCGGAGGGAUUCGGAUUAGAAUGACGGAAGUUCAGGAGAUUCGUCGGACGUAUCAUAUAAUGGAAUUAUUUUAUUUAUUCCUCCGAAUAAAGACUCCCUGUUAUAAAAGAGAUACUGAAAGCCAAGUAUACUGUGUUUAUGAACUUGUUAUAAAUCACCUAGUCUGUGUAAAAACACCUAUUUGCAUAUCUAAACAUGGUUAAAUGUGAUCAUGAUUGGUCAGUGAUUGUCAUGACGUGUGUUAUGUAAAACCUGUCACCUUUAUAUGCAAUGUUGCACCGAUACAGUUGUAAAACAUUUAUGAGAGAGAUCUUACAUUGAAUAUAUAUAUAUUAACAUUAUGAUAUUAAUAUGUCAUAAAUGAUAUGACCUAAAUAAUGUGUUAUUUCAUAUUCUGAAAAAGUACCAUUUUCCAUUUACUGACUGAACAACAGAACGUAAUUAUGACUCUUGUUUGAAAACAUAUAAUGAAGAAAAACGUUAUCUUAAGAACAAUAUUAUUUUGAUCUGUUACUCAAAAUCUUUUUCUGAGCAAAUUAUGAUAAAAUGUUGAAAAUGUAGGAAAAUAACCCUUAUUUUUAGCAGAAAAUUUUGAAAAACAGAAAUUCCUGUGAAGAAGAUAUCUAUAUUUUGACAGGUGUUGUCAGAACAAGAAAAACAAGGGUAAAACAGCUUUUUAUGAAUACUCUAAAAUUUGAAAAAGUAAUGGGUUGUAGAAAAAAACUUUUAAGUCUGUGAUAAUGAUGUGAAGUUAAUUUUAUCUAUAUAUUGUGACAGCUAAUUUAACAGAUCCCAGGGACUGAU